AUUCUUCUCUAGAAUUUCCAAUUUCCCUUUACAGAAUACCCAAACUUCCAUAUUGUAGCAUAUCCAUGGCCGAAACCAAGAGGAUCUGCACCUUUCUGCUUAGACUUAUAGCCUUUGGCACUACACUUUCAGCUGCAAUUAUAAUGGCUUCAAGCCGUGAGAGAACUACUGUUUUGACAUUAUCGUUUGAAGCAAAAUAUUCCGAUGCACCAGCUUUUAAGUACUUUGUUAUUGCAAAUGCAAUCGUGAGCAUCUAUGGGUUUUUGCUCCUGUUUCUUCCAUCAGAAAGCCUGCUCUGGCGAUUAGUUGUUGCCUUGGAUGUGGUUUUCACCAUGUUGCUGACCUCAAGCAUUUCAGCGGCCCUGGCAAUUGCUUAUGUGGGCAAGAAAGGAAAUCCCAAUGCAGGUUGGCUGCCCAUCUGUGACCAAGUCACUAAGUACUGCAACCAAGUAAAAGGAGCAUUAGUUGUUGGAUUCAUCAGUGUGAUUAUCUACAUGUUGCUCCUCCUCUAUUCUAUUCACAGAGUUUUAAACCCUCUUCUUGUUGAAAAGUCUUAGUUAGACAUACGUUCAAGUUUUUUCUCCAUUUUGGAGUUGCCUUGCGUUUAUGGCAUUUUAAUGAUCUCUGCUUCCAGUUGUUCUGGGAUCCUCUCCAUCUGCCUGUGUGUGCGUGCUAUGUUGUCUGCAGGUUUCUUCUCUUCUGUUGAUGAUUUUCCUGCUGAUGGUCUCCUCGGCUUUUUUAUUCUGGUUUUGGCUUUUCCAUGCAAGGGGCGAGUUUUCAGGAAUGAUUGGAAAGUUUUGAUUUUGCUGCGUGUUGAUUUUCUUGUUAUGUUAUAGCAUGUAUGUUCUGGGGUGUUUUCCUUGUAACUGGUGGUCUUGUGCAAAAUGGACAGAGCCUUGCCCAAGGCCUUUCUGCCUGCUCUUGGCCUUUUCGAUCAAUCAAAUCACCUUCUUGCUCUUCAAAAGAAGACAGAUGUUCAAGUA